AUGAAUGAUCUAUUAGGGAAAAUUGAAAAGAUUAAUGGCAGCAGAGCUGAUAAAAAUGUUAUCUCUGGUCUUUUCCAAGAGAUAGAUCAGAAAGUUAACGUUAUUAACAUAAAAAGAACUUUUCCGGAAAAUGCAUCAGGUGGAAUUGAAAAGAUUUUGCAAUUUCUUAAGGAUGCUGCAUGCAAUGCCGAGUCAGAUAUUCGUGUGCAAGCUCAUUCUACAACGGCACGAUUUUUAGCACAUAUUUCUCCAUUUUAUCCAAAAACUCUUCGAACUUUAUUAGGUCCACAGUCUAAUUUACUUCCCACAGAUGGAAACCCUUACGCCGAGCUAUUCAUUGCGAACGUAUUUGCAUGGCUUACCCAUGAUACUGAUGAAAUUUAUCUUCAAGAUCUCUACGCGAACGACUGUUGCAUUAAAUACUUUGCAAAUCAAGCUCCUGAGGUCAAGAAUAACAUGAGCAAGGUUAUUCGUCAGCUCCGAAAUCCACCACGUGUUUGGUUAUUAACAUUAUUAAAUUUAUUACUUAAAAAAAUGUUAGAUGGGGAAGCGGAUUCAGAUUUGCAAAAUGCUAUCACUAAUGUAGUUUUUCAUAAUCAAGAUUUGGUUUCUAUACUCUUCAAAGAACUACACAAAAAUCGACAAUUAAUUCCGAAAUCUUUACCAUUAAUUUCUCAUUUAAUCUCUCACGAUAUCAAUCUUGAUCGUGUCCAGCUACUUCCUACCGCUGGAUUUGCCAUGACUAUGCUCGAAAGACACGAUAAUGAAACAUUACUCGAAGCAGCCUUUACAAUCCUCUCCAAACCAUCGGCAUCAUUCACAAUACAGACAACCAUGGAAGGAGACCUCGUCCGACUUAAACUUUUCGCGAGAAAUGAGACAUAUGAAAUAAAUUUCGACAUAAACAGCUCCGAAUCGGCCUCCAAGUACUUACUCCCUCUUCCUUUUAGUUAUCUCCAGUGGAAACCCCAAGACAAAAGCAAUUCCAACGCGAAAUUUAAAUCCAUCGCAAAUAUUGCAUCGAAAACCAAAGAUCCACAAAUUCUCGAGCAAACAUUCGAUCUCUUCAGUUACGCACUUCGAAUGGAGUACCACGAGAACACUUUGGAGAUAAUUGAUCAAUUUUCAAGAUGUUGUACCUUAUAUUUGAACAAAUCCCGUCAUUAUCAGUUACUUGCCCUUAUCCGAGAACUUAUCUACCUGAAACAAGUCACAACUCGUCCAAGUUUAGAUAUUGAAUCUUCAAUUUUGAAAUUAAUUGUUUCUUUCACGCCAUCGAACAUAGAUAAGUAUUACGAUCGCAUUGUCUAUGAUACUGUACUUAAUUAUGUUGUAGAAGAUGCUUCCAGUGAUUUCCCAGCACUUCGAGAUUCGGCCAUCAAAUGUCUUGAUUCAUUUUGUCAUCACAAAAAACAUGAAUUAAUCAUUGAACUACUUUUCAACAAAUUGGAUUGUUUUGAUUACAAGAAAAUGGAAUAUACUUUGUAUUCAUGUUGUAUACUAGGUGAAUCGAAACCUGAUUUAGACAUGUAUUAUUUAUUACCAACAAUUCAAACAACAAUUGAUAUUUUGUUGUUUAAUGUUUUGCCAAUUUCAACUUUGACAUUGGCGAUGCGAUAUCUCUCCAUGUUCAACAUGUUGACUUUGGAUGUAGAGAUGUUCGGAGAUAUACCGAAUAUCAUCUAUCAAAUAGUAACAGAGUCAACGAAUUACAUUGUUGGAACAAUGAGAAAAUUAAAGUCAACAAGAUACGAUCCGAAAAUUUUGAUAAGUCAAAUUGACGCGAAUUUUAAAGCGAAUCCAAUUGAAAUUUUAGGAUCGAAUCCUAUAAUUGACAGACAAUCGAUGUUCCCACAGUUAUACUAUGCCUUGAAGUUGUAUAACUCAUUACCAAUAUCGAAUACAAUCGCGAGUUUGUACAAUUGUAUAACUGAUGCAUGUAUUCAGAUUUUCCCUGAUAUGGCAUCUGAAGGAUUAUUGAGGUAUUGGCCUUUACUUGUUGGCGCUGACAAACAGAUUGUGUUGAAUUCGAUAACGACACAUCUUAAGUUGUCACCGAAUUUCGAUGUUGCAGCUAAAUGGCUGAAGAUUGUAAUGGAUCCAACGAAUGAAGGAUUGAUAAUGGAAGUUCCUGAAUUCAAGAACUCGUUUGUUAUGCAUAUCAACAAUAUUCCAAGCCAUUCCAAGUUCAUUUUACCUUCUUCUCUCUUGAGAUACACGAAAUUCAUUUUGCAAACUGGUUCUGAUGUCACUAAGAAAUACAAAGAAGCAAUACAAAAUUUGCCUGAUGAAGAAAGAGUUGAUUUCUUGAGAACAGUCAGAGAACUCGAUGAAUCAGUUGCAAAACAAAUUGUUGAUGGAGAUUUGCCAGAAUUAAAAGUUAAUUUCGCAGGAGGUUUGAUUGAAUCAAUGAGAGAAAUGAUCAAACUCACGAAAUCAAUUUAUACUGAUGUAAAAAGAAGAGUUAAACUGUAUGAAAUGGCCAAAUCAAGUAAACAAACAAGAGAAAUCAUUAGAGAUAAUCUUAAUGUUGGUUUACCAGCAAAUCUUCAUUCAAGAAAUGAUACUGUUCGUUAUAUUGCAAUUACGAAAUUUAAUAUUUGUCAAAUUUUGCCUGAAAAACUUUCUGAAUUGUUGCAUUAUUACUGCAGUGUUUUCUCUACUGAAGGAAUUAUUGUUACUUUAAGAUAUUGGUUUGAAAACUAUAACUUGAAUACAAUGGAUUUGAUUGGAAAAGAUAAUAACUUGGCCUACCAAUUCCCUCCGGAUUCAAUCCCAGAAAUCAUUAAGUUCUUGACUUUGAACAAAGAUAAAUAUAAAAAUAAAUUGGCAGAAUUCAUUAAUAAAUACGCUCCUGACAUUUUACAUGACAAAAGUGUCAUUGUCAAAUAUGUCAUUCCUGAAUCAAGGUACGAGAACAGAGCCAUCAAUUUCACAAACUACAUUUCAUCAAUCAGUGAAUCGUCAUUGAGAAAUCCUGAUACUGUUUUGGACCUGAUAAAUACGAUUUCUUACAAUAUACAAAGACAUUCACAGGAAAUUAAUGAAAAUCCUAUAUUAACAAGCCAUUUAAUGACUGCUCUCUUAACUUGCGAAGAAAAGGCAAUAAGUACUUUGUUAAUUGCUUUAUGCGCAAAGUGUUUGAAAGAUUUUUCAAACAAAACAGUGACAAAAAUUCUUAAUUUUGUCACUUUACGUGAUGAUAAAUGGUUUGACAUUGACAUGUCACUUUUGAUGGCAUUUAUGAAUGUCAAAGAAUUUGAAUUUGAUGAUGAUACUAUCAUUAAAACGACAUUCCCUGAUUGGAAGCGCCAAACAAUAUUCCAAAGUAUUUUGACAUCAUUUAAUAUCAACACUGAUUUGAACACGAAUGUUUUGACUGAUGCAAUCAAAACUCCUGUUGAUCCACAGAAAUUUGUGGACGCAAUCUUCUGUUUGAUGAAGAUCCUACAAUCAGAUUGCGAAAUGCCAGAUGGUGUUGUUAAAGGAAUGCUUAAAAAUGUUACUGAUUUCAUUGAAUUAUAUCCAAUGAAUCCAUUCGUGAUGAAAUUCAUUCCUGUGUUUAUUUAUAAGUGUUUCGCGUUCGAAAUCGAACCGAAAGACUUGAACGAGUUCGUUAAAACAAUAUUCAAUAGACACAGACACGCAAACUUCGAUAGUUUGCUUCCUUGUUUGACAUUGACAUACACAAAGUCACAAAAUACUUACAAUGAUAUUAUUUAUUUGAUAAUGAACUUGAUGAUGAAGAGAAUGAGAGGAAACUUGGUCCAAAUCAAGUCCCACAUCGGUCUCAUUAAUCUCGCAUGCGAAAACUCUAAUUUCGAUAAGCAGUUAAGAAUAGAAUUCUUCAAAACUCAGGUCGAUGAAUUGAUUGGUUUACUAAAAAGUGACAUAAUGUAUUUCCAAGGUGAAGUGAUAUAUUCAAUUUUUGAAUUGAUAUAUCACUAUCAGCCAGAGAUGGUUAUCGAUUACAUGACAAAGAGGAUAUUCGGAAAUGUGAGCUUUUUGCCAUUUUACGCCGCAUUACGUAAAUUUGUUGACACUCACUCCAUCAAAAGUGAUGAAGAUUACCAAAAUAUGCUUAUUCAAGAGUUCAGAAAGAUAACUGAUGAUCAGCAGUUCUUCGCCAUCAAAUACUUCUUUGAUGUGAGAUAUCCGAAAUACACUGCACAGUUCGCGAGAUUGAUUCUCAGAGAAAAAGGAUUUGCUGGUACAGAUGCAUCUCUUCAGGAACUGAAGACUGCAAUUUUACCAGCAAAACAUUCAAGGUCAUUGUUUUAA